AUGAAUGAUGCGGAGACGAACUUGGCGAGGAGUUUCAGUGAUGAUACUCACUCAGGUUUAGACCAUCCGGAUCUAUACUUGUCAGAUGAAUGGAUGGAUGAUGAUCUUGCCUCUGCGGUUUCCGGAAUGAAUCAAUCUUAUCCUUAUCAGACCAGUGAUGCUGCUGCUUUCUUCUCUGGUUCCUCUAGCAGUUUGGGUCAUCCUGAAUCUUCAAGUACCAACGCUUCUGCUGCUACAGCCACUGCUUCGGCCGAAAACCAAGUUAAGAAAGAAAAUAAGAAAGUUAAAGAGAGAGUGGCAUUCAAGACACAGUCUGAAGUUGAAGUGCUUGACGAUGGGUUCAAGUGGAGAAAGUAUGGGAAGAAGAUGGUGAAGAACAGCCCAAAUCCCAGAAACUAUUACAAAUGUUCAGCUGAUGGCUGUCCCGUGAAGAAAAGAGUUGAAAGAGAUAGAGAUGAUCCGAGCUUUGUGAUAACAACUUACGAGGGCUUUCACAAUCACUCAAGUAUGAGAUAACAACUUACGAGGGCUUCCACGACCACUCAAGUAUGAACUAAGGUUCUUAAAGAGUUUCAUCAACUUUUUCAGUUUCCCCUAUGGCUUGCCAAGGCAACAUAACAAUACGUGGUUUGAGAAAAGAUAGUGAAAACAAUGCUAUUCAGAGUAUUCACCUUGAGACUGAUUUAUUAUGUUUCUUUUACUCACAUUGCUUCUAGUUCCUUAUAUAUAGUGUAUGUGUGUUCACAGUUUAACAUGAUAUUCUGAAACUGUA